AUGAGCCUGUCUAUUUGGACACCUGCCACACAGCGGCUUACGGUCUCACGCAGAUACCAGAGCGCCACAGCGCAAGAUCCCCCUGGUAAAGGGGAGCACCUGAUUGUCCUCCAUGCAUCCUCCCACAGAGGUUUCCUCCCUGGGUGUGAUCUAGUGUUCAGAUCCAGAUCUACAGAUGGCAGAGACUACCAUACCGAGAUGAAUAGUCAGGUUUUCACUGCGUAUGUUGAGGAGCAGCUCCUCUUAGCACUGCCUGAUAAAUUCUUGGCGGUUAUGGACAAUGCUCCCUAUCACAGUUGUCGAGAUCCUAUUAACUGUUGUCCAACCUCAAAUUCCACCAAAGGUGAGAUAUGUCAGUGGUUGGACAACAACCGUAUUGCUCGGCCCACGAAAACCAAAAAGACUGACUACUGCCAACUUCAGAACAAACCCCCGCCCUCUUAUUUGAUUGACAACAUGUUGAGAGAACAUGGUCACGAAGUGCUUAGACUUCCUCCUUACCAUUAUGACUUGAAUCCCAUCGAACUAAUCUGGGGUGAUUUGAAAAAUAUGGUCGCACGGCAAAAUAAGACCUUCAAGCUUGCCAACGCUUGA